UUAUAUGACUUUAUGUAAUAAACCCUUUUUGCAGAGAAUGUUAAAAGAUUCUAGUUUUAGGUAUAUGUAAAAAAUCAUUUUCUUUUGUUCUCUGGGUAAUUCUGUUUUUGGAUCUGUCUUUCUUUUUUGGGAAGAUCCACCCAAUGAAACCAAAUCUCACAUUACAAAAUGACAAGAAACUGUCUCUUCUCCCCCAAUAAUUCCAAAACUUUUAUUUAAUAAAAAAGUUAUAAUUGGGUGACUUGACAACCAAAAAGAUUAUGUGGAAGAUAUUGGUGCUUGGUCCUUUCUUUGCUUGUAAUAGGGUUUAUCUUUGGGGGGGGAUUUUAUAGAUGACAUGACAUUGACAAUAACUUUGUUUCUAAAUAUUUUCAUAUAUUCAUUUGCUCUGUCUUUGCUUUUGUUUGGUGGCAGUAGGAGUCUCUUUGAAGCUAAAUGUAAUUAUUCAAAGAAGCAAUCAUAAAGCAAUAAAUUAUAUCCAAAAACAAAAGGUUUUAAACCUCUUGAUCUCAAAAAAAUGCAGACUCCAAAAUCAAGACCCGGAUCAUUGGAGCUGCCACAUAAGAAAACUCCUUUACCAGCUCCUAAAGUUGCUCGGAGACUCAAGCCAAGCGGAGCAGAAUCCGAUCUUAAAACCAAGACAAUAUCGAAAACUCAAAUCCCAAAAGCAGUAGCUGAUCGUCGCUCUCCAAGAAUUCCUCUCAAUGAGAUUCAGAAGAAGCGGACAGGAGGAAAGAUACCGGAACUGGAAUCUCAGAUAUCUCAGCUUCAAGAAGAGCUUAAGAAGGCAAAAGAAGAGCUAAACAGAUCAGAAGCAUUAAAAAGGGAAGCUCAAGAAGAAGCUGAAGAUGCCAAACAUCAGUUAAUGGAGAUCAAUGCCUCAGAAGAUUCAAGAAUUGAGGAGCUGCGCAAACUCUCACAGGAGCGGGACAAGACAUGGCAGUCUGAGCUUGAAGCUAUGCAGAGACAACAUGGAAUGGAUUCAUCUGCUUUGUCUUCUGCUAUUAAUGAAGUUCAGAAACUGAAAUCAAAGCUCUUUGAGUCCGAGUCCGAGUUAGAGCAGUCUAGAUUUGAGGCAAGGUCUUUGGAGAAACUCGUGAGACAGCUCGAGGAAGAAAGAGCAAACAGUAUAGACUCAUCAUCGUCGAUGGAAGUGGAAGAGCUGAAAGAAGCAAUGAAUCUUGCGAGGAAUGAGAUAAGCCAAUUGAAAUCUGCAGUUGAAGCAGCAGAGAUAAGGUACCAAGAAGAGUAUAUACAGAGCACAUUGCAGAUAAGAAACGCUUACGAACAAACAGAGACGGUCAAGUCAAGAUAUUCACUGAGAGAGGCCGAGUUAACGGAAGAACUGAACAGAACCAAAGGUGAAAUCGAAGAUUUGCGGGAACAGUUAAUAGAUAAGAAGAAAGAAGACGACCUUACGGACACUAUGAAGAAGCUUGAAUCGGAUUUGAUGGAAGUGAGAGGGAGUUUAAUGGAUAAGGAGAUGGAGCUGCAGAUUCUAAAGAGUGCAAUGGAGAAGAAAGUGGAAACGGCAAACACGGAAGCCGUGGAAGCUGAGCUUAAAAGAGUGAAGGUUCAAUGUGAGCAAUGGAGGAAAGCUGCGGAGACAGCAGCUUCUAUACUGAAUAAUAAUGAUGAGGAGAGAACAGACUCUAUUGAGACUAGCAAAAUGUUGAAGAAGUUUGGUGUGUUACUCAAGAAAAACCAUAAGUAAUAGUAAUAAUUUACUGAUUCUUUAAUAAAAACUGAAAAAUGGCAUUAUUCAUGUAUGUAAAUUUGUGAAAUUUCGAUUUGAUUUGUCUUAAGCUUUAUCUUGUUGUUAACGUUGCCACAUUUGUUUGGUGAAAACUAUAUCGUUGUGAAGUGAUCUUUUGAAUUCAA